UCGACACCUUUGCACUGGGCUGCGAGGCAAGGACAUGUGCUAAUGGUUGCAUUUCUGGUGACAAACGGUGCUCAAGUGGAAAAACGGGAUGUAGAAGGAUUUACUCCCUUACAUGUAGCAGCUCAGUUUGGUGCAACUCCUGUGGUCGGCUAUCUCGUAGCCCGUGGACAAUCUGUAGAUGCUCCCGAUGAAUCGAGGAUCACGCCGGCUAUGUGGGCAGCAGCCAAAGUGAGGCAGUUGAUUCUGAGAACCGACUGCGACCUAUCUGCAACAAAUCGAGACAAUGAAACAGCACUUGACAUUGCUGUACGUCGUGGAGAUACCGUACUCAUAUCCAGAAUGGAACUGGCAGCUAGACGGAAAGGACUAAUGAAUUCCACUUGGCGACAGAAAAUUACCGAAAAUAAGGUGCGUAGUUCUGGUCAUAUCAUCCUGCAACUUUAA